GACGGACGCUACUACUCAACUCCCUCUAGUAUCUCUCACAUGCACUCACUUGCUCAUGUGACAGUGUCUCAAGGUCAGACUAGGACCAAAAUCCGCCUCGGAGAACAGGGUGACAGAGAAAGAGAGGCAGUUUGAUGCUUUUCAGUAUUUCCUUGCAUUGUUCAUGUUCAUCUCGUUGUUCCUUCAACACCAAACAUCAACUCACAAAAAGUCUCGGCAAAAGCAAACCUUGAGGAUUAAGUUGACGCGCGAGGAAAAGGGCUGAAUGGCAACGACACCGGCUCCGAACGCAGCGUGUGUCCGACAAAGACCUUGAGGCAUUUUGGCCGUUGACGAUCAAACAUGGCGGCGGUAGAAGAGCCGUCGAGUCUCCGCAACCGGCAACAACAUGUCGCCUCUGAAGCUGACGCCGAAAGGACCGGGACCUCUUCGUUCCCCGAUGCCACCGAGACGACGACACUACUCAACUCGGAGACGUCUUCUCGGACCCUCCGUAAUGGAUCGCCGGCCGGGAGCCGCCGAGAUCGAGACUCAGACGACGACAACGACGAUGAUGGGCCUAAGCAGUCUAUUAGCAAGACGCGUGCUGGCGUCUUGAUGCUGAGUACCUGGGUUCUCAUCUUCCUCCAAGCAUCAAAUACAUCCGGCAUGACAAUGACGCAGUCCGUCGUCGCCGAAGACCUCAACGCAUACUCGCACGCAAUGUGGUUCACAAGCUCCUACCUCAUCAGCAUGGCCUCCCUGGCGCCCCUGUUCGGCCGCCUGGCCACCAUCUUCUCGCCCCGCAUCCUCGUGCUCUGGCUGGGCGGUUUCUUCGGCCUCGGCGGCGUCGUAACCUCGCAGGCACCCUCCUUCUGGGUCUUCAUCGCCGGCAGAAUCUUGACGGGUAUGGGAGGCGCGGGCAUCAUGACGCUCUCCGUCAUCCUGGUGCUCGAGCUGGUGGGGAAGAAGAGCAGGGGCGUGUUUGUCGGGCUGGUGAAUGCGGGCUUCACGAUUGGUUUGUCGUUUGGCGCUGUCGUGUACGGCGCAUUGUUGCCCGUCAUUGGAUGGAGAGCUCUGUUCGGUGUCCAAACACCUCUGGGACUCCUGGCCGGCAUUGGUGCUUUCUUGAGCAUUCCGAAUGGCUUCAGCUCCGACCACAAGGCCAGAGGCAAGUCGGUACUCCAAAAGCUGGCUCAAAUCGACUACGCAGGUGCUUUUAUGCUGGUAUUAACCAUUGUGCUCUUCCUAUACGGCCUCUCGGGCGACAUCAACCCCUUAUCCCUCCUUCUCUCGGCCGUUUCCCUCCUGGUCUUCAUUCUCAUCGAAUUCAAACUCGUCACGGACCCCAUCAUCCCAAUCUCCGUCCUCUCCUCAAGGGGCGUCCUGCUCUCCUGCACCGCCCAGCUCCUCUUCAUGUCAAUCCGCUGGACCCUGCUCUACUACAGCCCCAUCUUCGUCCUCGCCGUCCGCGGCUACGCCCCCGCCAUCGCGGGCUCCAUCCUCAUCCCCACCAACAUCGGCUUCGGCUCCGGCGGCCUCAUCGUCGGCUGGCUGCACGUCCGCCGCAACGGCGCCUUCUGGUCGCCCUCCGUCGUCAGCCUGACGUGCUUCGCGGCCACCAUGUUCGGCCUCUCGCUCGUCGCCACCGAGACCUCGCCGUUCGGCGUCUUUAUCCUGGCCGUCGUGCUCAACGGCCUCGCCACGGGCGCGACGCUCAACUACACCCUCGCGCACCUGCUGCACCUCAGCCGCCCGGAGGAGCACUUCAUCUCAACGUCGCUGCUCGGCACGUUCCGCGGGUUCGGCGGCAGUUUCGGGACCGCCAUCGGUGGCGGCGUGUUUUACCGCCUCCUGCGCUCGGGUCUCGUCGCCAGCUUCACGGAGCUGGAUGGCGGCGAGCGGCUGGCGGAGGGGCGGGAGGAGCUUAUUACGAAGCUCAUUGGGAGUCCCGCGCUCGUGUUCAACGGCGGGUUGAGUCCUGCCGAGCACGGGAUCGCGGUGGACCGCUACGCUGCUGCGUCGAGGGGCACGUGGCGGGCUGCGGCGGCGUUGGCGGUCGUUGCGAUUCUGUGUCAGGCAAGUACGGGAUGGAGGAGUCCUGUUGGCGGGAAGGAAGUCGACGACGAGACUGAGGCGAGGGCUACGGUGAUGGAGAACGAGGGCGUCGGGGAGGCGUAGUGGACGGAUGGGAAUGUCCUAUUCCGGAAGGCCCGGCUGCAGCAUAUCGCAUGGGGUGCGGUGAGUGAUGCUUUGAGCGUUUGAUGUUGAAUUAUACAUAUAGGCACUGCCAUGUCGCACGGCAUUUUGGAUAUAAUUGUUUCCACCAAGAUCUUUGGUGUUCUUCAACAUGAAGUUGACAUGUAUAUUAGUCUGAAG